UGAAUCCACUUUUAAAAGAAUUUGUUUUUUUGAUUGAUUGGGUUUAUCAAAAAUCUAUUUUUGAUCUUAAACCAUCAUUGAGCAGCAGUAUUUGAUCGAAAGGAGAAAAAACAAUGGAAAAAUCCAAUGAUCAAUCACAAAAUGGUAAUGAUAAUGAAUGUUAUCAACCAUCAGAAUUUAAAUUAUCCGAUUAUCUUGAAGAUAUUGAUUCAAUAUCACCUAUAUUGGAUAAACCAAACAUAACAAAUGGUCAUCAAGCUAAACAAACUGUACGACGUUGGGCAUUGAUUAUUGUUGAUGUACAAAAUGAUUUUGUUGAAGGUUCAAUGGCAUUGAAUCAUUUUUUUAAUGGUGAAGAUGCUGCCGAAGUUAUACCGGCUAUUAAUCGUUUAUUAAAAUAUGUUGAAUUUGAUUUAGUUGUUUAUAGUCGUGAUUGGCAUCCAAUUGAUCAUUGUUCAUUUCAUUCAAGUUCAGUUCAACCGAAAACACCUAUUACACAUAAAUGGCCUGAACAUUGUAUUGAAAAUACAUGGGGUGCACAAUAUGUUGAUGGACUUAUUACCGAUCCCGGAAAAUUUAAUGCAAAUGUUAAAAAAUUAUCCAUACAAAAAGGUAUGAAACGUGAUGAAGAAUGUUUUUCAGCAUUUCGUGGACAAAUAGUUGAAUCAACACAAACAUUACACGAAGUGAUUAAAAAUGAAAAAAUUGAUCAAAUUUUCGUUUGUGGUUUGGCAACUGAUUAUUGUGUACGAGAAACAUGUCAUGAUGCAAAAAAUUUUUGUCCAAGACAAGAAACAUUUGUUUUAGUUGAUGCAAGUCGUGGUGUAAAACCAUUUCAUCCAUCCAAAUUUCAAGAAAUUGGUGUUAAAAUGAUAACUACCGAUCGUUUAAUACAAUCAGUAUUAAUACAUAAAGUAAAAUCAUUAAAAAAUGAUUCUUCAAUAAUCAAUAAUAAUGAUAAUUAAUCGAUUGAUUAUAAUCAAAUUCAAUUUCCAAAAGGGCCCAAAAAUUGAAAUUAUUAU